UAGUAGCUCCGCCAGUCGGGGGAAUCUUUUUUGCGACGCUCCAGAAAAAAGAAAAAAAAAAAACCCUGUGCCCAAGCCGGAAGUGUGGCGUGCUUCAACCCUGCAGGGAAACCCCAAAUGAUGAUGCAGUAGCUUGCCUCUUACCUUUCUGGAAUAAACAAAGGCAUCAUGGAGCCAGGGGGGCGCAAGGAUAAGCAGAAGCAGAAGGAAACACCCACUCGAGCAGACAAGACGAAGCAGAAAUCUGCUCAGCAGGAGCAGAAACAGAGGCAGAGGGCUGAGAUCUAUGCCCUGAACAAAGUGAUGACAGAACUGGAGCAACAACAGUUUGAGGCCUUCUGCAAGCAGAUGCAGUCCAAAGGGGAGUGACUGGAGCAGGCCUUGGGGACCUGGCCUUACGCAGUGCUCUGACUCGAGACCCUGAUGGCUUUGUAAGUGACAGUUGCUGCCAAUGGAUUGGCUCUGGUAACCUUAACCAUUGACCCAAAUGAAAGUGGAGUGGGCACCCAAAGCUGUGCAGCCAUGCUAAAGUCCCGGAUGCCACACGCUUGUAAACAAAUACUCACGCCAGUCUUGGGAUUGAAUUUGUCUGUGUGAUGGUUGGUCAUUGGGUGGUGGGGUUCAGAACAAUAAAAAAAAAUCUUGGGAGUUACGCCCCCAUAACUCUGUACAAAUGGGUAUAAUUUAAUAGUUGAUAAUACAUUUUUAUACAAAUUAAACUUUUUCCCUUUAAUGUAUCAGAUAAGAUUAUUGAAUAAAAAUUCUUGCACAAAGUUGUUCCUGUUUGGGUGAAGCACCAAUUUAGCCACAAUAUUUUUUUUAUGUAGGCCUUGUAAUGUAUUGCCCCAAGUACCAUCUCCUUAUGAUUUUUGAAACCUUUUGUUUGUGUAUAGACUCUUUUACACCUAGCAAAGUUUAAAUAAAACUACAGUUUCAUACUUAAAGGAGUACUAGGAAGCCAGCAGAAAUGUAUAAUGUGACAAAGCCAUUGUCCAGUUUCACAAUUUGGUAGUGGAAAAAUUAACUUGAGGCUGCAGCAGACACAGGAAGUGUAACAUCCACGAAACCUCAGUUUUGGAGGUUCUUGUUGGUUCCUGAGUUUAUUUAGAAGUUUUGUUUACCACCCUGCUUAGGAGUUGUAAAGCUGGUCUUGGAUUUGUUCCCUUUGCUUGCUUGCCUUGCAGUAGGCAAAAAAUUCUGGGAUUGGCCCCAGAAUUGAUGCACAAGUGUAGGGACUGUUGUAGGCUCCCCUUUCAGAGGCAGCUGUAGGUCUUCCCCGUCCACGUUUGUAUAUGGAGCUGGUAGAUUUGUAAUAAAUGGUUGGAAGUUGAACUCGAAAGUAAAA